AUGGAAGAGAUAACACACGGGUACGAUACGUUUCCAUCACCAUCCCCUUCUUCAUUCAAGCCAAGACCCAAUUCCUCUACUGUUUUCGGUACCAAUUUGCUCUAUCAAGGCAUUAACGUUACACGAAAUCCGUUACAAAAAGUGUCGGCAGUUACCGAAGAUAACAGCUUAAAAUCGGCUAUUAUCGAGCUCGAGGAAGAAGAAGAUCAAACUUCAGACAUUAGUGCAAUUGAGAAACAAGAAAAACAACUGCGAGAUCGUUGGGAGGAGAUUCGUGGUCAAGAUGAUUGGGUCGGAUUACUUGAUCCAAUGGAUUCAACUUUACGGUCAGAGUUAAUAAGGUACGGAGAAAUGGCUCAAGCUUGUUACGAUGCUUUUGAUUACGGUCCAUAUUCGAAAUACUGUGGUAGUUGUAGAUAUAUACGUCGCAAAUUCUUCGACUGUCUAGGCUUAGCAGACCGUGGAUAUGACGUGACGCGGUAUCUUUAUGCAACAACUAAUAUCAAUCUUCCGAAUUUCUUCAAGAAAUCAAGAUGGUCUAAGAUAUGGAGUAGAAAUGCGAACUGGAUGGGGUAUGUAGCUGUAUCCAACGAUGAAACAUCCAUACGUUUAGGACGUCGUGAUAUAACAAUUGCUUGGAGGGGUACGGUGACACGGCUAGAAUGGAUAGCCGAUUUGAUGGACUUCUUACGGUCCGUCAAAUCAGAUAAAAUUCCGUGUCCGGAUCCAAUGGUUAAAGUUGAAUCAGGAUUCUUAGAUGUUUACACUGAUAAAGAAGAGAAUUGUAGGUUUUGCAAGUACUCAGCAAGAGAACAAAUCUUGACUGAUAUCAGAAGGUUAAUAAAAAUGUAUCCAGGUGAAGAACUGAGUAUCACUAUCACAGGGCAUAGUUUAGGUGCAGCCUUGGCGGUUGUAAGUGCGUAUGACAUAGCUGAAACCGGUGUCAAUGUGACUGACACUGGAAAAGCCGUUCCCGUGUCUGUUUUUUCAUUUUCUGGACCUAGAGUUGGAAAUAAGAGGUUUAAAGAAAGGUUGGAAGGGUUAGGAGUUAAGGUGUUGAGAGUUGUAAAUAUUCACGAUACCGUACCCAAAGUACCCGGUAUAUUUUUUAACGAAAAAGUGCCGCCACUUGUUCAAAAGCUUGCCGAGGGACUUCCAUGGAGUUAUUCGCAUGUGGGAGUCGAGCUUCUUCUUGAUCAUAAAAACUCUCCAUUCUUGGAAGAUACUAAUGAUCCUUCUUGUUUUCAUAAUUUGGAGGCUCACUUGCAUCUGCUGGACGGGUACCAUGGAAAGGGAAAGAGAUUUGUACUUGCAGGUGGAAAAGAUCCAGCUUUGGUAAACAAGGCCUCGGAUUUUCUCAAAGAUCAUUACUUGGUUCCACCUCAUUGGAGGCAAGAUGAAAACAAAGGGAUGGUGAGGAGUCAUGACGGCCGUUGGGUUCAACAAGAUAGACCAAAGCACGAAGAUCAUCCACCUGAAACACCACAACAUCUCAAAGAACUAGGUUUAGCUCCGUCUUCUACCAGUGAUCAGUAGUUGCUCUGUAGGACAUAAACUCGGGCUUUUUAAAUCGUAUAUUCUGGUAUCAAUAGGAAUGAUUGAUUCAGAUAAAGUACUAUCUAUCUAUGCAUAAAAUAAUCGUGUGAUUAGUCAUGGGUUUUGAAUGAAAGCUUGCUAUGAACGUUUUUCUUC